AUGACGACCACCGAUUCUCUUCUCCCCCUUGCAGCAGCCAUAGCCUCCACGAACAUCUGGCAUCUGCUGAGGGAUGAUGUUUUUGUCGACUUUUUCAACACCUUUCUGAAUCUUCCUGUUUUUGGCCAGACACCUGUUUACAGCAACAGUAGAAGUCGGUGGGACCUCUGGCCAGAGCUGCCAAGCUGCCUGGAUCCCAGCCCCCCGGAUUUAUUGGCUUGGCUGGAAAAGCACCGGCUGCCUCACUUCUGCAAAUCCAGCCUGUGCCUCCACCUCAUCCUCUGUCAGAAGCUCCUGGAGUUCGUUCGGUCGGGGGAAGCAGCAAAACUGCUGAACUGGCAAAGUGCUGACCAGUGGCUGCUGGAGAAGUGCAUCAGUGGGAGCCAGGGCAUGUGGCGUUUCCGAGCCUUCAUCCAAGGAACGCCAGGGGAAGAACUGACUGACUUCUGGCUCACCACCGAGAGGCUCCUGGGGCUCAAUAAGUUGGAUGCAGAGCAGAGGGACACCUACCUGUCCUUGGUCCACAGGCUGAAAGCCACUCACCUGCGUGAAGGCUCCAGUGUUGUCACACUCUGCGGGGCCACCAGUGGGCCAGGGCCAAAAUCCAGGUGCAUUCAGACCAGCAGCACCACCAGGGAGAUGCUAAGCAUGAUGCAGGAACAGGCCCUUUUUGUGAUUCAGAGUUACUGGCUCCCUAAAUUCUUCAUCCACUGCAAGAUGGGCAUGGCAGAAGAGGAGUCGUGCCAGCCUCUGCUGCAGGAGUAUGGAGAGCGUUUGUCACGGGCUGACUCCCAGGAGCCCUCAGACUUUUCACUGAAUCUCUACAAAAUGCAUAUCAAAAGGAGUCGGGGUUCCUCAGGGCCUUACUGCAGCAAGAAGUCCAAAGUGAAGAUCUGGACCAUGGUCAAGGUGGGGAGAAAUACCCAAGAAAUGAAGGCACCUGGUUUUCCAGCACAGCCAGGAAGGCAUCUGGGGCCAGUUGGUGGCAGAGAGGAACCCUGUGUGGAUAAGGAUGCUUUGGGACUGUUUCCUCCUGCAACCCCUGCCGUUGGGGGCAAAGGAAGAACAACCUCUCUCCAAAGAUCUAACGGGGGGCAAUGUGAAGAUGAAGCCCUCUCUGACCUGCAUCCCUCUGCACCCAGUGCCCAGCAGCCAGCUGAGACCUUGAGUUUCCUUCCCUGGGCCCUCAGUGCUGAGGGCUGUGCGGGUCGGCCCUUCCGCCACUUCUUGGAGUGCCAGGACCGGCCCGUGGAGACUCAGCUUCUGGACCUGUGGCAGGACCUGGAGGAAUUUCUGCCCGUGGUGCUGGACCCUGGCAGAGAGAACAGUUUCUUCCUGCGUCAUCUGAUCGGGGAGAAGAUAAGCAAGAGCUACCUAGGGGAGGAGACCAUCAGGCAGCUUCCCUUGGAGGUGGAGACCCUCAGGAGCUUGCGGAACCAUCUGAUGGCUGCAGAGUUCUCCCCCUGGAUAUACAGAGCCCAGAAGGAGAUAUGCAAGGUGCUCUGCUGCUCCUACGAAGAAUUUCUGGCUGAUGAUGACAGAACAUUCCUCCAGUUCAUGGCUCCUCAGGGCGACAUGCAGAUGCCCAAGGUGCAAGGCCAUGCUGUUGAGGAAGAUAAAUGUUUCAUCCUGUCCCAGAGGAUAAAUGAGUCCUUGAAGCUGAGCCAGGCCUUGCAUGGCACGAGGAACUUGGAAAGCCUCUCCUCUGAACACUGGCAAUUAAUUGCCAUGCCCGACCCCUGGGAAGAAAGCUCCAUCCCGUCCACCCCCAAAGAACAGUCCAUCCAAGCCCCCUCUAAAAGAGGCUCCAUCCAGGUGCCCUCUGAAGAAGGCUCCAUCCUGGCAGAGGUGGAACCUCUCCCGUGCAGCUCUGAUGCAGACUCCCAGAAGCCGGUGCAGGCAGAUGAGCUGGCUGAGGACAGCCCAAGCAAGGAAAAGGAGCCUCCUUGUCCCAAAAGUCCAGAAGAUGACACUAAAGCCAAGAUCAGGAAGAAGAAGACUGUUGUUGUGAUAGGAUCCCCAGCAAGCCCAGCAGACUCCACCACUGUUGUAGUAGAAAAGCCAUCUAGAAGACCCAGGCACUUUGUGAAAGUCCUGCACAGCUCUGCCCACCUGAAGUUCUUCAAGUGGUUUCUGGAGGAGCACGAUGCAGAAGAACCCCUGAGCUUCUGGCUGGAUGUGGAGAAGUUGGUUGCAGAGCCCAGCCCCAAGAUGAAGAACUUCCUCAUUGACAGAAUCGUUAGAAAAUACUUCCAUGCCCAAAUCCCAGCUGAGGAGCAGCUGGGCUGCCACUCUUCUAUCAUCGAUGAAAUAAGGGAGGCCAAAGUAGUCAGCCCCUUAAUGUUGAUGACAGCACAGGUCUUGGUCCAGAAAACAAUGGAAAAACGAUGGUUUAAAGAGUACCAGGACCUGUUCCCUCCAGAGGACACCUCUAGGGCUGACCGUGGCUUGCGGCAUAGGAUGGGGAAGUUCAUGACAGGCAAGAGACAGUGGGCCUGGUAUUCCAUCCAGGCCAUCAUCAGGAGCAUCUCCAAGUUCCACAGGGAGAUGAACAACCAGAAACGCCGCGUGGAGUUUGAGCACUUUCUCCGUCGGGAACUAAGAAACAAGGAGGAAAACCUGCCCAGCAGCACUCCCCGCAUCCACGGAUCCUCUGCCACCAGCUCACUGGAGAAGGAGGGGAGAACAGUGAAACGUCUGCUGUUUAACAGCCAGCUCAUUACUGUCAACUUCCUCGUCAAUGACCUCCGCUUUUACCUGGAGAUCGACAAGUUCUCCAGGCUGGCAGAUGGAGCUGAAGCUCAGGCAAACCUCAGCAAGGCAUCAAAAAAGGAAGUUGCCUUUCUCAAGAGGAAAGCUGCAGUCAUCAGCAAACUCUUCCUGAACUCUGAUAUUCCCCCCAAACUGCGGGUGAACAUCUCUGAAGAAGACAGAGAUUUAAUCUGGAGUUUGUCUUCCAAGGGGCUACUGAAUCGUGCUCUCUACCAUAAGGCCAAGGUCAUCAUCUUCCCCAUCCUGUUACACUUCUGGAGAAGGUUCUGCACCUGGAAGGUGAUGAGUACCUUUCCAGUCUUCAUGAAGGACAGAGCAGCAGCAGCCUCUUCACACAGCAGGAAACCCUCCAAAUCAUGUGAACUCCACAGCCCAAGCAGUAACACCAUCAUUGUCUUCACACUUCGGAAAGGUGUCCAGAUCCUGCUGCCACACUCUCAGAAGAAAACAGAGCCUCAGGAGGAGCAAAAAGGUUCAGAGAAAACUUCUGACACAGGACCCCCACUCAGGAAGGUGUCCUCACAGCCCGUGGAGCAGGUGGGUGGGCACAGAGGCAGUCUGCAUCCCCCAGACCACACCAACCCCUGGAGCAGCAGAACCACAGCUCCCUUGCAAACCAAAAGGCCAAGGGGGAGCUGUGGUGCUCACCCCCAGCUGCCUCCAUCACCCCUGGCCACUGAUUCAACUCAUCUCCCUUCCCUGCAGGCACCCAGGGAAGACCAGACCUCCAAGGAGGGACAGAGCUCCUAG